AUGAGCAGAAAAAACAUUAAUUCCAAUGCUCCUCGAGGUUCAAAUGUAGUAUUUGUUGGCAACAUUCCAUAUGAAUUGACCGAAGAGCAAUUAACUGAUAUUUUUCAGGAAGUGGGUCCUGUAGUUUCAUUCCGACUGGUAUUUGAUAGAGAAAACUCUAGGCCACGAGGAUAUGGAUUUUGUGAAUAUCAUGAUGCUGAAACAGCUGCAAGUGCCGUAAGAAAUCUUAAUAACGUGGAAGUAGGAGGAAGACCUUUGAGAACAAUAGAUCAUCCUACUACACAAACACCACAACAAUUACCACCGACUAAUUUUGGACAAAUAGGAGGAGCUGCACAGUCAUCCGCGGUUGAUUCUAUUUCCAAAACAUUGGCUAAUAUGAAUUCUACUCAACUUUUUGAAGUUUUAUCACAAUUUAAAUUACUUGUUCAAAGUAACAUGGAACAGGCUCCCCCUCCGCAAGCUACGAAUCCACCACCUAUAGCUCCUCCUUCAGGAUAUCCAGCACCGGUGAUUCCGAAUCCUGUUAAUGUACCACAGCAACAACCACCACCGCCACUAUAUGGUGCUUCUAUUCCGCUAGGACUUCCCGGAGGCAUGAUGCCUAUGGGGAAUGUAGGAUUGCCUCUCCCUCAGCAGAAUCCUAUCGCUCCAAUACCAAGUGGAGUCAAUCCUGUCAACCCUGGUUUAAGCAAUGAUAUACAAAUACAAGAGCAACAAAAAGCUUUGUUAAUGCAAGUGCUUCAAUUAACUCCACAACAAAUCGACUCAUUGCCUCCCGAUCAACGAAAUCAUAUAAUGGCAUUG